CGGGAGCGCGGCGGGAGCGCGGGGUGGCCGCCAGGCGGCGCUGUGGGAGCGGGAAUGCGGCGGGCCCCGCGCCGCGCCGCGACCCCCGGAGCAGCCCCGCAGGCCGCCGGGAGCGCCCCCCCCACCCCAGAAAUGAGCCAUUUACAGGGAUUUUGGCGUCUUCUUGCAAAUCAAAAAAAAAAAAAAAAUGGAGCCAGGAAAACAAUGCGGGUAGAGCUGGGCUGGAAGGUGCCUCGCGGGGCGGGCAGCAGCGGAGCGGGCUCCCGGCAGCUUCGGCCGCGCCGCUCCCCCCCGCCCGCCCCGCCGCCGCCCCGGCUCCGCGCCCCCGCGCCCGGGACAGGGGCAGCGGCGGGGCGAGGGCAGGGGGUCCCGCGCCGGGGGCGAGGCGGCAGAGAGCGCUCGCCCUCCGUGCCUCCGGGGGCCCGCCGCAGAAGCCAAGUGAAGAGGAUAACUGAUUCUCAUGUGGCAAGGCUGAUGUUCAAGGCCAACUACUGUACGAAAAAUAGUGACUUGCUGCCUAAGCCUGGCUUGCCUUGGAGCCUGGGCUGGUGCACGCUGUAAAAGUGGAGCAGAAGUGCAGCCGGACCGGCCCCGACGGGGAGCAGGCAGUGGGAGACCUUUAGGCAAAAACCGGCUUAAGGAGAUACACUAUAUGAGCAGGAACAAAGAGCUUUGUUCUCACUAAAGGGAAAAAAAUAACCAUAAAGUUACUUUUCCUAGAAAUUCUAACAACCCUGUGAGUAAAUUGCACUCCAGUAAUUCGGGACCUAUACACUGUCUAUUAAGGCAGGCUUACAAAGAAAAACAUAAACAGUGUUGUGCUUUAUUUUGAGUCAUCUGAAUGAAUGGGAAAGUUGCAGGUAUAGUGUAAAGCAGUGCUUUCUUUAGCUCAACUGUCUCAAAUUAAGACUGGUUUCUAAAAAUAGGUACUUCUGUUUGUACAUAAAGUUGGCUAGACCUGUGUGCAUAUGCAGACCAUGCAGCCAUAAAAUAUAAAUUUAUCUCACUGAUUCAAAACUUGUAAUGUUUUAUAUACCCUUAUGUUCAUCACCUCCAAUUAAAAGAAUGAGGAUAUUACUGUGUAAUUCAUAUAUAUAUAUUUGCUGACAAAUUACAGAAAUAAAAUA